AUGGCAAGUGAAAGCCCUGCCCCCGGCACAAAAAAGCACAGGCGGCGAGGAAAAAAACACCGGAGGAUUCGCACUGAGGAGACCCGCUCUGAUGACUUAUGUGACAAGCCAAUACCGCAGACGCAGGAAGACGACUUCACUCCCAGCAAAGCCCCACCUCAACAAAGUACAUGUAGUGAAGCCCAAGAAGUAGCCCCCAACUCUGUGCAUAAAUACUCUCCUGACUGGGACCCCCAAAAUAUAGAUUUUCCAAUUUCCCCUUUUACAUCACCUCAGUGUCCUAAAGAUGUACCUAGCAGUGCCAAGCUCCUCCCUUUCACCCCCGUGACAGUGACACACAUAAGCCAGCCACUUCCUAUAGCACCUAAAAGCCCUGCCCAGAGCCAGCCACUUACUGUCCCAGCUCAGACUUCCAUCCACAGCAAAUCGCUUCCUGUUUCACCUGAGGGGAAGCAUUUACUUCCUGUCCCAUUUCAGAGCCCCUUCCACAAUCAGUCAUUUCCUGACCUAGGUCAGGGCCCCACCAACAGCCAGUCACUUCCUGUCCAAGCUCAUAACGCUGCCUACAGCCAGCCACCUUCUGACCUUGAUCAAGGUCUUUCCAAUGUCAAACCCCUUCCUGUCUCACCUCAGAGCAGGGAUUUUCUUCCUGUACUAUUUCAGAACCCUUGCCAAAGCCAUUCAGUUCCCGGCCUAUCUGAGAGCCCAUCCAUCAACCAGUCUCUUGCUGUUUCAUCUCAGAUUCCCACCCACACACAGUCACUUCCUUUCUCUUCUCAAAGCCUCACCCAUAGCACAAGCCAAUCACCAUCAAGAGUCAGUAUGGAAAUGCAGUAUGAUUUGUCUGCUUGGACUCAUUUAACAUUUGAAAAAUCUAAAACUUCUGUAGCAACAACCGAAGGUGCCACCUUGCCCCCAGCUAAAGCUUCUAUUACACCUCCAUUAAGCCCCUCCCAUCCAGAGCCACUACUGCUCCCCUCUAGGACGUUUACCACCAGUGUUUCUUCCUCUAACCUCUACUCCCCUCUUUGCUGCUCCGCCACCUUCCCUUCAAACGUGAACCCAACCGCUUCAACUUCUGUGAUGUCCACAGUGCCACUGCGCACUUCCAUGCCACCACUGGCCCACAUGAGUCCCCGACCUACAGAGUUAACUCUACCACCUGCACAGCUUCUAGGCUCAGAUGAUGAAGAGCAGGAAGACCCAUCAGAUUACUGCAAAGGUGGUUACUACCCAGUUGCCAUUGGUGACCUCUUUAAUGGGAGAUACCAUGUAGUCCGUAAACUUGGCUGGGGACAUUUCUCAACUGUCUGGCUCUGCUGGGACCUGCAGAAGAAACGCUUUGUGGCAUUGAAGGUGGUGAAGAGUGCACCCCAUUACACGGAGACAGCGCUGGAUGAGAUCAAACUGCUCAGAUGUGUGAGAGACAGUGAUCCCACUGAUCCCAACAGAGAAAUGAUUGUCCAACUGAUUGAUGACUUCAAGAUUUCUGGGGUCAACGGUGUGCAUGUAUGUAUGGUCCUGGAGGUUCUUGGUCAUCAGCUGUUGAAAUGGAUCAUCAGAUCAAACUACAUGGGUCUUCCGCUGGUAUGCGUCAAAAGCAUCAUUAGACAGGUGUUACAGGGUCUGGACUACCUACACACAAAGUGUAAAAUAAUCCAUACAGACAUAAAACCAGAGAACAUCUUGUUAGAUGUGGAUGAGGUGUACAUCAGGAGGCUGGCUGCGGAGGCCACCAUCUGGCAGAGAGCAGGAGCCCCGCCACCUUCUGGGUCAUCAGUCAGCACAGCUCCCAGGGACAUCCAGGUGGGUAAAAUAUCCAAAAACAAGAAGAAAAAAUUGAAGAGAAAAGCGAAGCGGCAAGAGAAACUGUUAGAGGAGAGACUAGUGGACAUUCAGGUACAUGAGAGGAUUCAUAGCAUUAGAAUGGAUGAAGAAAACUGCACACGCACUAACUCCCCUCCAGUCGUCAAUGGCAACGCUUCCUGCAAUGCAACCAUUGACAAAGUGAGCCCAAUGUCAUCUUGUUCCCGGUUGGAGGACAAUUGUAAUGGCCACGGUCCCGGGCGGUUUUCCAGUCCUGCCUCUGCUGUCUCGGGGUUCUCCAGCUCCGUAAUCUCAGCCACGUCAGAAUCGACACUUUCCACACAGUCAGGAUACUCCAGUGGACAAGACUUGUUUAGCGCGACAGACUUUGUCCUCAGUCCCCUUGACCCUCACAACGCUGACAAGCUGCGAGUGAAGAUUGCUGAUCUGGGAAAUGCUUGCUGGGUGCACAAGCAUUUCACUGAAGACAUUCAGACAAGACAAUACCGAGCCCUUGAGGUUCUGAUUGGAGCAGAGUAUGGACCACCGGCUGAUAUCUGGAGCACCGCCUGCAUGGCGUUUGAGUUGGCCACUGGCGAUUAUUUAUUUGAACCUCAUUCAGGCGAAGAUUACACCAGAGAUGAAGAUCACAUCGCUCACAUUAUUGAGCUUCUGGGUGCCAUCCCUUUGCCUUUUGCCUUGUCCGGCAGAUACUCCAGAGAAUAUUUUAACAGAAGAGGUGACCUGCGCCACAUCUCUAGCCUGAAGCCAUGGGCUCUGUUUGAGGUCCUCCUAGAAAAGUAUGAGUGGCCGUUAGACCAGGCUGCUCAAUUCAGUGACUUCCUGUCAAGCAUGUUGGAGCUGGAGCCAGAUCGCAGGGCGACCGCCGCCGAGUGUCUGCGUCAUGCCUGGCUUCGGUCAUGA